CACCACGCCGGACCGGGACAGGACGUGCACCUGGCGCCCUGCGAGGAGCCCUGCCAGCCCGCGCGCAGCCACAGGCCCAGGGACCCCAGCCAGCCUGGCACUCUGCCCUACCCGGAGUCCCCUGGGGGCAUCGGCGGCAGCCUUGGCUGAAUUCUCCGAGUUCUCCAUCCCGAGACGGGCCCGCGGAGCCGAGCAAUGAAGAAGAAGCUCGUGGUGGGGCUGGGCCUCCUGGUCGUGGCUGCCGUCGUGGCCCUGAUCCUGGGCCUCAGCCUCGGCCUCCGGGGCAGCCCGGCCGCUUCCCACGUCUAUAAGAGGGCCGCCGUGGCCGCCGACGCCAAGAAGUGCUCCGAGAUCGGGAGGGACGCGCUGCAGGACGGAGGCUCGGCGGUGGAUGCGGCCAUCGCGGCCCUCCUCUGCAUGGGGCUCAUGAACGCCCACAGCAUGGGCAUCGGCGGCGGCCUCUUCUUCACCAUUUACAACAGCAGCACCGGAAGAGCCGAAAUCAUCAACGCCCGCGAGGUGGCCCCCAAGCGCUCCUUCACCCACAUGUUCAAUUCCUCGGCGCAGUCCCAGAAAGGAGGGCUGUCCGUGGCUGUUCCCGGGGAGAUCCGCGGCUACGAGCUGGCCCACCAGCGCCACGGGAGGCUGCCUUGGGCCCGGCUGUUUGAGCCCAGCAUCCAGCUGGCCCGCCAGGGCUUCCCUGUGGGCAAGGGCCUGGCUAACGCCCUGGUCAGGAAGCGGGACGCCGUCGAGGGCAACCCGGGUCUCUGUCAAGUGUUCUGUCGGGACGGGAAGAUCCUAAAAGAGGGGGAGACCGUGAAGAUGCCCCAGCUGGCGGCCACCUUCGAGACGCUGGCCCACGAGGGUGCCGACGCCUUCUACACCGGCAGCCUGGCCCAGCAGAUCGUCGACGACGUCCAGAAUGCCGGGGGGAUCCUCACCCUGGAAGAUUUGGGCAGCUACCGGGCAGAGGUCAUCGAGAACCCCCUGAACUUUAGCUUGGGGGACGCCACCCUGUACACGCCCAGCGCUCCCCUGAGCGGCCCCGUGCUUGGCCUCAUCCUGAAUAUCCUCAAGGGGUACCACUUCUCGGAGGCCAGCGUGGCCCCCCCGAAGCAGAAGGGCCUGACGUACCACCGCAUCGUGGAGGCCUUCCGCUUUGCCUACGCCAAGAGGACGCUCCUGGGGGACCCCAAGUUCGAGGACAUGUCCGGGGUGAUCCGGAACAUGACGUCGCAGCACUUCGCCGAGCAGCUGCGGGCCCGGAUCUCGGACGACCGGACGCACGGCUUCGAGUACUACGAGCCGCAGUACCUGGUGCCCGACGACGGGGGCACGUCGCACCUGUCCGUGGUGGCCGAGGACGGCUCUGCCGUGGCCGCCACCAGCACCAUCAACCUCUAGUGAGGCGGGGGCACCGGGGUGGGGGUGCC